CUGGCGGUUUCUGGGUGCCUCGGGUGUGAGCUUCUCGGAGAAGCCAGCGACUUAAGUUUUUAAAAUUCCCUGUCCUCUCCAAGUUGGUGUGCGUCUCUUCUGCGUUAAGCUCCUUGAUCUCUGGCUGGUUUCUCCUGCUCGGUUGAUAGAUGACUGAGAUCUCUUGUAGCAUUGCGCAGUUGAGAACUCGGCACCUGGCGCUCUACUGAUAAAAUUUGGAGAACAUUUACCGUGGUCGAUUUCGUUGGUUGCCUGUUCUCGGCUCUCGUUUAGCGGAUUCAGUUUCUAGGUGAAGCUGCAUGGCUCCGCAUCUUCCCGAUUGUAUGAUCUGCGGGUCUCCAGAGAUUUCUAUCUCGGAUCAGCAGAACGAGAAGAGAGGAGAAGUGCCUUCCAUGAUGGUCGUUAGGCAGGAGGAACCGAUUUUGAUGGAAAAUCCAAACCGAUUCACAAUGUUCCCCAUCAAGUACCCUCAAGUAUGGGAAAUGUACAAGAAGGCAGAAGCUUCUUUCUGGACAGCGGAAGAAGUCGAUUUGUCGGCAGACUCGAAGCAUUGGGAAGCCCUGACCGACAACGAACGUCACUUCAUCAGUCAUGUGCUGGCUUUUUUUGCAGCAUCAGACGGCAUUGUGCUCGAAAACCUAGCUAUUCGCUUCAUGAAAGAAAUUCAAAUACCCGAGGCAAGAGCAUUCUACGGAUUUCAGAUUGCCAUCGAAAACAUACACUCUGAGAUGUACAGUUUACUGUUGGAGGCAUACAUCAAAGAUCAUGCCGAGAAAAAUCGGCUCUUCAACGCCAUUGAAACCAUACCAUGUGUCACCAAGAAAGCAGAAUGGGCUCUGAAAUGGAUCCACAGUGCUGGAAGCUUCGCGGAGAGAAUUCUGGCCUUCGCCUGUGUCGAAGGGAUUUUCUUUUCGGGGAGUUUUUGUGCCAUUUUUUGGCUGAAGAAGAGGGGGCUCAUGCCAGGGCUUACUUUUUCGAAUGAACUCAUUUCACGAGAUGAGGGCUUACACUGCGAUUUUGCAUGCCUUCUGUACACGUUGUUGAACAACAAACUUUCUGAAGACAGAGUUUACGAGAUAGUCUGUGAGGCUGUGGUGAUUGAACAGGAAUUUGUGUGCGAGGCUUUGUCAUGCGACCUUGUCGGCAUGAACAAAACGUUGAUGAGCGAAUACAUCGAUUUCGUGGCAGAUCGCUUACUGGUGUCGCUUGGGUACCCAAAGAAGUACAACUCCCAUAACCCUUUCGAUUGGAUGGAGCUCAUUUCUUUACAAGGCAAAACCAAUUUCUUCGAGAAGAGAGUAGGAGAGUAUCAGAAGGCUUCAGUGAUGUCCAAUCUGAACGGGAAUGACGCAAACAAUCAUGUGUUUAGAUUGGAUGAAGAUUUCUGAGUGGACGUGCCGACCUUGUACAGAUGUGGGCUCUCGCUGAACCACAUGGCGGAGCAGUUUUGAUGAAUUUAGCCAAAUGCAAGAAUAUACUGUUCGCGUAAUUAGGCAACUAUUUCGGAGAUUGGGGUAUAUGAAUGUAAACGCGUGUACAGUAUUAAAUAGCUUCAUUAUCAUAUACUAUGACUAUCGGGUCCGAGUUUGGGGUUAUAGCAAGUACACUAGAGUUUUUGGCAAUUACUGAUUAUUACCACUACACAAAUGUUGUCGAUAGCUGUGUAGCUUACGCUGCCGUAACUAGACAGUCCUCCCCAUGCCACUAUCAAAAUUGUUCAAACCCCCUCAUUGAAUGAAGAAUGACAUGGGAAUCGUAAAUCACGUAAUUCAACGCAGUUGGCAGGAAUGUCCCUGUGAAA